AUGCCUGACCUACAUUCUCUCCCUGCGGGCACUUGGCCCGCUAAUGCCAUUCGCAACAAUGGACCAGACAACCUAGUGCUGGAGCGCGCAAAGCUACGCGAGCUGGCAGAAGGCUGGCCUUGCUACCGUGGUACUAGUGAUGCAUGCGAAUGGGAAAACUUCGAGUCAAUUUUCCACGAAGACGCCUUCGUAUACACCACCUGGUCCGGCCGUGUAUCCUACAAAGACUUCAUGGAAGCCUCAAAGGCUGGCAUGGACAAAGGCGCAUUCAUCAUGCACCGCUGCCAUGGCGUGACAACCGACAUCAGGCCCGAUGCAACCCGUGCCGUCACCAAGAUGAAGGCAACCAUCACGCAGCGGUUCACACUCGAUGGAUGUGAAGUCGAUGCCGAGGCUGAUUGUCGAUUCAUUUUCUUCUUUGAGAAAGCUGAUGGUCGCUGGGGCGCGCGUUUUGUUCGUCAUUGGUAUGAGAAGGAUAAGUUGCUACCUGUCAAUCCUAACAAGGUGCCGAAGGUGGAUGAGGCUAAGCUGGCUUCGUAUCCUGAGGGGUACAAGUGCUUGGCUUAUUGCCAGGAGCUCACUAUGGGCGUCACUGUUUUGAAAGAUAUGCCUGGACAUAGGCGCCAUGUUGGCUCGGUCAAUGGGGAGAAGCACGACUUGUUGUAUCAGCAGGCUAAAGAUUGGCUUGAUGGGAAGAACCUCGAUGUAUAA